AAGAGAGGAGCCACACGUGUCACUGUCUCGUUUAGCUUGAGCAAACUUCUUUGCGUCGAUCAUACUCUCUCUCUCCGAAACAGCUAUAUAUCAUCAUCACUCUCGUCUUUCUUCUCAACCUCUCCAGUCACUAAUCGAAAUCUGAUCUUCUUCUUCUUCACCUCAAAGAAGGGAUAUGGUGUUCAAGGUCUCUCUCGUCUCAACCUCCCCUAUCGAUGGCCAGAAACCUGGCACCUCUGGUCUCCGUAAGAAGGUGAAAGUGUUCAAGCAACCCAAUUACCUACAGAACUUUGUCCAAUCAACUUUUAAUGCUCUUACUCCAGCGAAAGUCAAAGGUGCCACACUAGUGGUUUCUGGUGAUGGCCGUUAUUACUCAAAUGAUGCUGUUCAGAUCAUUAUUAAGAUGGCAGCAGCUAACGGUGUGCGACGUGUGUGGGUUGGUAAAAACACUCUCUUAUCAACUCCUGCCGUAUCGGCUGUGAUUCGUGAAAGAUCAGGAGCUGAUGGAUCGAAAGCAACGGGAGGAUUUAUUUUAACAGCAAGUCACAAUCCUGGUGGCCCUACUGAGGAUUUUGGAAUCAAAUACAAUAUGGGAAACGGGGGACCUGCUCCUGAAUCAAUCACUGAUAAGAUUUACGAGAACACUAAGACGAUCAAGGAGUACCCAAUAGCAGAAGAUCUACCCAUUGUUGAUAUAUCUGCCAUUGGCGUAUCCAGUUUUGAAGGACCUGGAGGAAAGUUUGAUGUUGAAGUUUUUGAUUCCGCGGAUGACUACGUUAAACUAAUGAAGUCCAUCUUCGACUUUGAAUCCAUCCGGAAGUUGCUUUCAUCUCCAAAGUUUUCAUUCUGCUAUGAUGCAAUGCAUGGAGUUGCUGGAGCCUAUGCCCAUCGGAUCUUUGUCGAAGAACUCGGUUCGCAAGAAAGUUCUCUAUUGAACUGCGUACCCAAGGAGGACUUUGGUGGAGGUCAUCCCGAUCCCAAUCUGACCUAUGCUAAGGAGCUUGUGGCACGAAUGGGAUUAGGUAAAUCUGACACCGGAGUUGAACCUCCAGAGUUUGGUGCUGCUGCUGAUGGUGAUGCAGACCGUAACAUGAUCCUUGGUAAAAGGUUCUUUGUAACUCCAUCUGAUUCGGUUGCUAUAAUUGCUGCAAAUGCUGUUGGGGCCAUACCUUACUUCAGCACUGGUUUGAAAGGUGUUGCAAGGAGCAUGCCGACCUCAGCAGCUCUUGAUGUCGUUGCAAAGAGCUUGAAUUUGAAGUUCUUUGAGGUUCCAACAGGCUGGAAGUUUUUUGGUAAUCUGAUGGAUGCUGGAAUGUGUUCUGUUUGUGGGGAAGAAAGUUUUGGAACUGGGUCGGAUCAUAUCCGUGAGAAAGAUGGGAUUUGGGCAGUUCUUGCGUGGCUGUCUAUACUUGCUCACAAGAACAAGGAAACUCUUGAUGGUGACGCUGAAUUGGUGACGGUUGAAGACAUUGUCCGCAAACACUGGGCUACCUAUGGCCGUCACUAUUACACUCGUUACGACUAUGAGAAUGUAGAUGCAGGUAAAGCUAAGGAACUGAUGGAGCAUUUGGUCAAAUUGCAAUCUUCAAUCCCUGAAGUCAACAAGAUGGUGAAAGGAAUUCGCUCGGACGUGUCGAAUGUAUCCAGUGCCGAUGAAUUCGAGUACAAAGAUCCAGUUGAUGGCUCCAUCUCCAAGCACCAGGGAAUCCGUUACCUGUUUGAAGAUGGAUCACGACUUGUUUUCCGUCUGUCUGGAACUGGCUCGGAAGGAGCAACCAUCCGACUCUACAUUGAACAGUACGAGAAGGAUGCUUCUAAAACCGGACGAGAGUCCCAUGAAGCUCUGUCUCCUCUGGUGGACGUAGCUCUGAAACUGUCCAAGAUGGAGGAGUUCACGGGCCGAUCAGCCCCCACCGUCAUAACAUAAAAAGGCGGGUCAAGUUCAACGGUCUCAAAUCAUACACUUCUUUGGGACGCUUUGUUUCUUCUCAUUUAAAUGAAACUAUGAAUAAUUAAGAGUCUCGGGGAGGCUUUCAUAUUUCAUGAGUUAUCGUGAAGCUUAUACUUGGAUUUGUCUUUCUCGGUUUUGUUAUUUUACAUGUAUUACGUACAUGAUUAAGAUUUGUUAUUGCAGUUCAAUGAUUUUGCAA